UUUUCAUUUCAAAUGAAUGCAGUUGUAUCCAAAUUUUAUUAAAAAAAGUAAAAGUUUUAUUAAAUUUCGCAAAUAAUGAAGUCCAAAGUAUUUCUUUUGGCAUUACUUGGCAAUUUGUUAUUAACAAUACAGGCAACGAAUAUCAACGAAAAGUACGAAAACAUCACUAUACUAGAAGGCACAAAUUCAAGUUAUACCAGCAAAGAGGUGGUAGAGGGUAGGGCCAUAGUGAUACACACUCAACUGCAACAUUAUGAUGAACCCACUUUGAAAGAAUAUGAAGAGUGUCAUAGAAAUCUAGAGCAGUGCAAAAAUGUCUGCGAAGGUGUUGAAGAUCCUAUUGCAUGUGCUAAACAGUGUCCGGUUUGUCCUUUUCUGGUGAAAGAGCAAAUUGUAGUGCAGGGUAUUAAUGAUACUGAAGUGUAUUCGGCAGCAAAAGCAGCACCGCUUAAUACCACAAAUAUAAUACGUUUGUCUAAUCAAAUUCAGAAUAUUAUCGAAAGUCAUCAGGGUAAUAUAACGGUGCGCAAUGAUAACUUAGUGCAUGUUCAUCAGAAUACUUCGAGAGUGGGUGGUAAAUUUGGUUUGGGCUAUAAUAAUACUGACCCUUGUUGUAUAUUGGUGAAUAUGGCGAAAAGUUGUGAUUUAAAGAAAUUUUCAUCGGCGAAACGUUGUCAUCACAAACGGCAUCGGGUGUGUGGCAAACAAUGUAAAGCGCGUCUAAUAAUGGCCAAACGUGUGACUCAAUGCGAUAGCAAUCCCUUAAUGUUCGAUUCAAAUGAGGAUUAUAUUGAAGAAAAUUGUCGGGAAACAAUUAAAUAUGUACCUUAUCAUCCACAUAGACGACAUAAUACUAGAACUACCAACAGAUGCAGAUCUAUACCUUCUUGGCCUUAUGUGGCCUGCAGUCAAAGUGUUCAAAAUUAUGAAAAUUUAAUAUGUAGACGUUGUCAAAGUUUAACCUACUAUCACAUCUUGCAGAGAGGCUUGCCAGCUGAAUGCAGUAGAUGUUUUAUGUCAUUCACUAGUCCUACUAUGGAAAUGUUUCCCUCUUCGUAUUCAUGGUAUCCACUUGGAGGUUCUUCUUUUUCCGAUAAUACUUAUGGUUUAGAAGAUAAUUUUGAUUUAUCAGAUAGUUGGCAACAGGAGAAAACUAAGUGCCGUUUGCCUAAUGGAGAAAUAAGUGAAAACUGUCAAAAUGCUCAGCACAUUGGUGAUUUGGAAUUAUCUUCGCCUUCUAAUACUUUAAAUCCUUUGCAAGAUUUGCCAGAAGCUCAAGACGAAUAUAUAGAGUAUAAUAAUGAGGAUUAUAAAGAUGAUUUGGAUUUUGAGGAUAACAUUCGCCGUCGUCGUCAAACUUUUAAGAGAUCAAAGUACAGUCGUAUAUACGGGAAAUAAAUACCUUAACGAUAGCUAACUAUAAAUUAAACUGGUCUAGAUUAUAGACUAAACUAGACUAUAGACUUGGAUAUAGACUAGAGUAUAUAUACUACAAUAUAUACUAGACUAUAGACUACACUAUGAAAUAAACAAGAAAAAUCAUCAAAAUUAUGCAGAAAUAAAGCAAUAAA